CAGGCUAACAGGUGUGUAUCUCUUAGCUCUCUGUCGACGUCGUGAUGAACACGUUGUGGGCGGUGAUCGCAGUCACAUGUUUCUUGUCAACGGCACGGACCAGCUCAUGUUUUACGCAUGGUGCACAAUUUUGGCCACCACGGCCACGCGGAUCAUGUUCUUCGCCGCCGCGAGCAACCGCACCUGUUGAGAGUCGAGCACGAGCAACAGCACCUGCAGCAGCGGCAGGAGUGGGAGGAGAAGAAAAGGGUGAUAUCUUGCUGACCUUUAAGCCGUCCGAAGUCGAGGUGACGUGUAAACCAGGCGAGGUGGCACUUGACGUUGCUUCAAGGUGCUCGGGCAUGCCUGAAGACAGCAAAGCCCCGUUCUGCCGAGAUGGGGGGUGCUACAACUGCGAGGUUGAGGUCGUCGAAGCCGCCGAACUGGGUAUUGUGGACAACUUGGUUAGGGCGUGCCAGUUCAAGAUACCCGCGGAGGCGAAGCAGCUCACUCUCAUUCAGAUGACCAGCGAAGAAGCGUUCGAUGACAUGCUCUGAAGAAGCCCAAAAGCGCGUCAUGCCGUGCGUGCUCUUGUCGGAGCGCACACAGCGCCAUACGCGCCAGCCCCCCCCAACCCCCCUCUUUCUUUUUGGCGUUCUUCCUUUCUUCGCCGGGUUCGUGUGUUUUGUAUGUCAUCGACUUGCCUUGGCUGGGUAGUGGUUGGUGGCCACCCGUACGCACGUACUACAGUACCAAGGCAGCCCUCCGUAACUGGCCGCGACUCGAACGAUGUAACGAUCGUAUCAACCUUGCAUUAGCAAGAAGACAGAUUGGUCCGGCGUACUGACAGGGUAUUGGGAGUGGUAGUUUGUAAUCGGUGGUAUUGCGUGAGGCCGUUACCGAUGGUACAUACUGCAGUACCCCCCGAAGGAGCAGCACAUUGCUUUGCUGUUAUCGUGUAAGCCUCCCUUGAGCGAUCAUUUUUCUUCUGAUUAUAAGUUUCUUCGUUCUUAAGGUGUUCGUGAGAGCUAGCGUGGCUACUCCUGUAUUGCAUGGAAUAUUUUGAACGAAAAUGGUGGAUUCCCAUUCUCAACCGCCAGCGUUCGGUCUGACUUUGUGGUGGAGUUCUAGAACAUGUACUCUGUUGUGGGUUGCUGUGUUUGUCCCGGCUGGCAGCUUCCGCGCGAGCUGCUAAAUAUGCAUGGUGUGCAGCUUGCCUUGUUGGGGGACAUCACUUGAAUACAUGCGUAUGCAUGUGAUACAUUUAUUUAGUAGAAACGCUUUCCUGGUGAAAGGACUCUGCAUAUCCACAAGUGCUGUGUACGACCUGCUCCUCUGUUUGAUGGCCCCCAAAAAGCAAGUGGACGUUGGCGUCUGUAAGGGGGUCGUUCCUCCCACCCCGCGAACGCGUGAAACUUGAUAUUCUUGGUCCAUAACGUGUCGCCUACAUGCAGCCUGGAUGUUCCCACGACAUUUGUUCUUGGAUGGCGUCGAAACACGGUUGUUUUUUUUUUUGUAAUAGUUUUUU